UCUUAAACCCCAAAUCAAGUCAAAAACCUAACCACUAACCCCUCUUCAGUCUUCAUUACAUUGCCAUAUUCUUCUUCAACAUUGUUCUCUCCACCCACAUUCCCAUUCAUUCAAACCCUAAAUCGAAAAAAAAAUCUUUCCACCAUGAUUUCCACUAUCCCCAAUUCACCCUCUUUCUCCAUCCUAUCCUUUAAUCCCACCAUCACCAACACCCCUUCUCAAUUUCCCCCUCUCCGCUCUCGCCACCGUCGAAUCACCGUCAAAGCUCAAUCUUCCAACUCCCCCAUCCUCCACCACCUCAAAACCCUCGCCGGAUCAGCACUCUUCACUGCUGCAACCACCACCGCUGCACUCACAUUCCCCGCUUCCCCAGCCAGAGCCGAACCACCACCGACACUCACCGAAGUCAUUGACGAAACCGAUGCCGUUGUCGCCGACGCCGGAACGACCUCUCCCUUAUCGGAAUUCCUCGAAACGGACAAUGAAUCCAUUGAAGCUCUGAAGUCUUUACUUCAGCAAAAACUUGAACUCGGCGAAGACGAAGAAGCGUUGAAGAUCCUCAAAAACUUGAUCUCACUUCAACCAGAAGAAACAGAGUGGAAAUUCAUCGCUGCAAGGUUAACGAUCGAAAUGGGAGACACAGACACCGCACGAAGUUUCUACGAAGAAAUCUUAAAGUCAAACCCGCUUUCCUUCGAAGCGCUUUUCGAAAAUGCGCUUUUGAUGGACCGUUGCGGAGAAGGUGAAGCUGUGAUUGAGAGGCUGGAAGAUGCUCUUAGAGUUGCAGUGGAAGACAACAAGGAAAAAGAAGCAAGGGAUGUGAAGUUGAUAAUGGCUCAGAUUCAGUUUCUUCGGAAGAAUGUUGAUGAAGCUUUGGGUCUGUAUGAGGUAUUAAUCAAAGAAGAUCCUGAUGAUUUUAGACCUUAUUUUUGCAGGGGAAUGAUUUAUACAUUGCUUGAUAAGAAUGAUGAAGCUAAGGAACAGUUUGCAAAGUAUAAGGAAUUGUCACCUAAGAAAUUGGAGGUUGAUGGGUAUUGGAGAACCUUUUUGUCAAGGAUCAAAGAUUUUGGUACUGAUCAACACAUGACAAGGUUUUGCUGUCUAAUCUUUUCAAUGAUUCUUCUCUUUACUUGCACCUGAGUUAAAUUAUUUAACUUUAUGAAGUUAAGUAAUUAGCAAUCUUGGUAAUAUGGGUGGGGUGUUAAAAGAGGUUAGUUCAGUUGUAUGUUUAGUGAGAAUGAUAGAGGAAUAAUAAGGAUGACAAUUGAGUUAGUUAUACUGAACUAGUUUUUGAGGAUGAUUUGAUUUGUCAUCUGCAUAUGGAGGUGGGGUAGUUCCUAAUUCCAUGUUGUAAUAAUGGGCUUGCUUUCUUGCCAAGCUACUAAAGUAUUAAGGAAAAUUUGUGCCAAUUGAAUUCCGAUUUUACAUUGUUGCUUUGUGUUCAUGUUCGAAUACAUCAUCUAGCUGAUUAAUGGGGGCUUCAUUGUUCCCUUA